AUGAACCUGGUGUCGCUUUGGACUGUUGUUUCACUAGUAUUCCUAGUAUCUGUUAUCGCGGCUAAGGAAGCAUGUAUAAAGACUGAAUGUCGGGAUGCUUUCGAUCGAUGUUUGGCCGUCAAUCAGACGAAUCGAGUCUGUCGAGACGUUGACGGUAUCUGUCGAAAUGACGGAGAACACUGGGACUACAUGAAAUGUUUGAGACUAGAGUGUCGCAGUCACAAAAUAUCUGUCAUCAAUUACAAAUGUCUAAAUACCUUGAAAGAUUGUCUAACAAUUACCACUGAAAAUCAAAUGUGUCGGGACCAGCAUGGGAGGUGUAGGGAGAACGGAAGUCGUUGGACACACGAAUGUUUUGAAAUGAUGUGUCUGCAAAACAAAGUGUUAAUCAUUAAUGUCAAAUGUUGUGUCCGAGAUUUAAUAGGCUGUGUCAAGCCGGUUGUUUGUCGUUCUCCUGGAGAGAUAUGGAAAAUUCCGGGAAAAGAGACGCUCCAGACAUGCAAAGUAGAAAAGAACAAAAUGGGGCGUUACAGUUUCCAUUAUUUCGUACCAAAAAUGUGA